AUGGCAACCAACCGUCCUGGCUCAUCCGGCUUUGCCGAUGAUUUCUCUGAAGCAACCAAGUCAGCCCAUGUCGAUAGCAUGGACUUUUCAAGGCUAAAUACCAGCGAAUAUCCUGAUCCCGAUUCAGCGUUCUCCAAAAAUCCAUAUCCUUAUAGAAAAUCAGACCGCCAAUCACCAAUCCCCGAGGCUCUCGUGGAAGCAUUCGCUUUUGGAAGCGACAACCCCACUGCCGACAGCUCUGAGUCCAUCGAAGCAGAGGAUGAUAUCUCGGUCGAUGUCACCCAUGAAAAGAAAUUCAGGCUUGAAGAAGACCCUAUGUAUGAUAUGGAGUAUUCCGAUAGCAAUACUGCUGCUGAGCUCGCGGUAGAGACAGAAGACAACUCUGGUGACCUCAGGGGAGCGAUAAAACCCAACUACAGAUUCUCCUCUUGGACGAAAGGCCUCUAUGCACAUAUAGACCAGCAAUACUUUCGCUACUUGGAUGGCGCGGGGGCUGUCGAACAACCACCACCCAUGAUUGGCUGUCACGUUAGGUACCCAUUUAGCUAUGGCCGAUAUCUGGAGCAGCGAAGAACACCAUUCGUCGCAUUCGAGGUGACACAUCUUGUACUUCAGCCUCUCAAUGGAAAAGAAGUCUCUGAGAUGAGAAAGCACGGCAUCAAUGUUUCGAGGGCUCGAGUCAGCUGGGGUGAAUGGCAACUUGUGCGUGACAAGAGAUUGAAUGCUCACAGAUGCAUACCCAGUAGCCUUCGCAAAGCCUGGUCGAUGGAAUGA